CAAUAGAAUCGUUCUGAAAUUAGUUGCCGAACAAAAUGGCGACGUCCUACCUUAUUCGUGCGGUCACAUUGAAAUCCAAAUGUAUUAUAAACACCUUUGCAAAAGAAAAAUGUGUCAGUUUGUUCAAACCUUCUGUUUCCUGUCUAUUGAUUAGCAGAAGUUACACCAGUUUUGUAAAAUCAGUGUCCGCAGAUCAAUUAUGGUUGGGUGUUACUAGUGUUAGCAAUGCUGGAAGAAAACGAGGCCGUGCUCGAAAUGUCAAAAGAAAAGUUGAUCUCAAUAGGGGUCAGCGAAUUGGAGUUGGCAAGUCUGGUAUGGUGUUCCCUGGCCUUACUGGUCCAGCUAUUAUGGGCAAACAAAUUUUGAAAGUCCACACGCCAGAGAAGCAAGAAGCUGUAGAAACACAGACAGCACCAAUACUAAAACAUAAAAGGUUGAAAGUUCCAGCACUGCAGAGAGGCUACAGUGGUAGGAAAUUUCCUGGAACUAGCAUAGGUCCUCCGGAUCCUAUUAAUGAUUAUGAAUUUACUGGUUUUGACACCAAAGUUAUAGAAUACAAAAUGGUUGCUCACAUGACAGGAAAUCAUGGCAGAAAAUCCAGAAUAAGUGCUCUAGUAGUCACAGGAAAUGGUGCUGGUCUUGCUGGUUUUGCAUUGGCAAAAGCACCAACUGGGAAAGGAGCUUUGAGAAAGGCCAAGAAUAUGGCAGCUCAACGUCUGCAGUAUUUUGAAAGAUUUAACAAUCAUACUGUAUUUCAUGACUUUGCUGUAACGGAGGGAAAAACAACAAUUUUUGUUCAGAAAAGACCUGAAGGCUAUGGCCUGAUCUGCCAUCGUGUGAUCAAGACAAUGUGUGAAGUCAUUGGGAUUAAGGACCUCUAUGCUAAAACUGAAGGCAGGACUGGUAACAUUCAGAAUCUAACUAAAGCCUUCUUCAGAGGUCUCAUGGAGCAGGAGACUCACCAACAGCUGGCCGACCGGAUGCGUUUAAAUGUGGUGGAGUAUAGGCCAGAGCUGGAGAACCUGCCCAUUCCUGUAGCCAGACCUAGUGAUGGACAGACAAGGCCAGACCCCAUCAAAGAUGACAGCUUUGAGUUUGAUAACUUGUACUACAAAGAUGGGAGGAUUCCUCUAAAGAAGUUUGUCGACCCUCUAGCAAAGUUAAAGCUGCCGUCCACUGUCAGAUACUUGGCUCUGAAACACAAAGAGAGGAACCAGGAGCACAGCCGGUACAUGAGGAUGGUGACAGGGGUGGAGCCUUCACCAGAAGAGAUAAGGCAGCGCUUGAAGCCACUCAAGUAGGGCGGGGUAUAGGUGUCAUAGGGAUUUGAUUGAUACAGGACAACUGUUUUCUUAUGAAGGAUGGAAGAAUUGGCUGUUGAUGUGAUUGGUUCGUUAUUUAUGUUGAUAAACUGUCAUAGACUGGUAGUAUAGAAGCAACAUGGGAUGCUACUCAUUUGCCAUUGGAUGUUUCUUGUGAAAAUUAUGUUCUUGGAGAAUAAUUUGUGUAAUGAAAAAAUUGUUACAGUAGGUAUUUUUGUUACAUAAAAUGUGUAUAAUAAAGCAUACUUUGUAAAU